GUGAAGCGAACAGUGGUUGUUAAACAGGUUAUCAACGCCGCACCCAGCAAAGAUAAAAAUAUAGUUGGGGCAAGCACCAGGAGACCAACACUUAUUGUAAGGCCGUUUACCGCAGCGAAGAGCGCGAAAGGAAUCAUGGACAGCGACGCAAAAGCUAUUGAAAAAUCCUUGAGAAAAGUGUAUCGGGUGGCCACCUCGAUUUGGUAUAAGGAGGAGGAUUUGACGGAAAAAACGCAUAACGACCCUACGAAGGGAAUAUUCACUCGUGCCACCGGAUUUAAAAUGCAUCCCAAAGAAGGUGUACACGAGAAUACAAUUGCAGUGGUCGAGGCUGGACUAAACAGCUUGUGUUUCACAAACAUGGGAAGGGAGGAUAGUAAAUUUUUGUUCGACGAGCAAGAAAUUCCAGAAGUAGCACUUGCAGAAGGAGAGAUUGGAUUCAUAUGCACAUUUCGCGGGACGACAUUACCGUUACCAUUUCCUCAUGAUGGAACAUUCAACGAAUUCCUAGAUUUGAUGAGAAAUAAGUUUGAUCAUUCCCCUGAAUGGGUGGAAUACUUUGACCCGAUGAUCGAAAAGAGGAUCACGGUAGUUGAUGAUCAAGAUUGGAGGCUCGCCAAAUCUAUUAAUAUCAGGAUGAAAAGACCUAAAAGUGACAAAAAAGAACGCAACGCGAAUAUUGCCCAUCCAUCAUUCGUAAAGAAAGUUCCGGCCACUCGCCUUGCUGGGGAACAAGUCAUGUUGAGCUUUAAGCAAAUGUCUGGAAACCUAGAAGCGUGUCAAUAUGUAUUAGGUGAGAAUCCCCCGAAUGAACUGUUUGAACACAUGAUUAAGGAUGAAUCAGAUCAACACACGAAAUCACAUUACGUACAAUUUCACAUGGCAUUGGCAGUGAGGGAAUCGGUGGUUCGUGACUACGCAUUGUAUUCGAAUGACUAUUUAUUAAAUUUGAGGAAUUGGUUGCUCAAUUAUUGCUUACAACAUACCGAGAUGGUGUCGUAUGUUCAGAAUCAGUUACUUCAUACGGUUUCGGUAAUGAUUAAACGCGGUCUCGAAGAUUAUCAUGAUGGUGAGAAACAUUCAAUUUUGACAAAUAUCCAGACCCUCGUAUCGGCAGGCGGAUACAGCCAACUAGUUGGUAUGGGAUUGGCUAAUGCGCUGGUUGAUGAAUUUUCUUCAUCCAAGGCGAGCAAUGUCGGGCUUCCCUGGGAUUUUCAUAAGAAGUGCAAAGAUUUCUUUGAAGAGACAUAUUUGCUCCCAAUAUUUGAUCAAGUUCUCCGGGUUUUACAUCAACAAUUGCAAAUAUACACUGCAAACGGCACGCAAUAUUCACAACCUUACCAUAACGGUCAUAUUUCCCAUCAUGAUUUAAGUCGCGACGCACUCCUGGCGAUCUCGAUCAAUCUUGCGGAAAAGAUUUUAUGCUGGGAUUUUGUUAGCAAGAAUGAUUCUUUGUUAGCCGGCACAUUUUCUGAUGAUAAGGAUGAUAUUAUAGAGGAUGAAUUGUUUAUAACAGCAAAGACGCGCGAAUUUCCCGCUAGCUGGAGAGGACACAUGAUGCACGGUGAAGUUCUGAGAUUGUUUUUUAGGGUAAUACUAAUUAUCUUUCAGUCAACAAUUAAUCUCUCGUUCACAUUUGUCAAUGAUCUCUCGAGCAAUAUAACAGAAAGGCUUGCGUCACCUGAAUAUGGGCCAAGUCUUCUCGGUAUUUCGCAAAUGACGCGAAGACUUUUAUGCACCAUUCCUUUGCCAACGUUGUGUAGCGUGCCAGAGUUUCAAAAUUUUCUUCAUGAAAUUGCACAAUUAACCGCAACCUGCUUGAGGGAAAGUGCAACUGUUAAAGAUGGUUAUGGAUAUCUGGUCGAGGACAGCACUUGGAGUUUAGAAGCUUUUGAUGAAUUUUUGGCGGUCUGGGUUAAAUUAGCUCAGGAAGCACAAUCUUAUCAGAACCAAUACGAAAAUCAGACAAUGUCAUCGUUCAAUCCUGCAGUAUUUAUGGCUUUUCUGGGAGAAGCAAGUUAUCACAUCACUGCAACUUACAUUGAUACUCGCAUGGAGAUGGCAGGAUGCUCUAAUGACGAAGACGAGGAGAUCAACAAUUUCAAAGAUUGGAUCACAUACGAGGACCAGUUGAUUAGUAUCGCGAUACUGGCGCGAAUUGUUGGUCAGAGGGUUUUGGAUAAACUCCAGGUUCUAUUGCACGAGCGUGCUGCACAAUUGAGAGCAUUUUUCAUGGCGGUCGCGGACAACAAGAGCUCCGUCUUUGCUGCCGAUUGUACAAUUAUGUAUCUUCAAGAAUCAAUUCAUUGGCUGAUUCUGAUAUCUGCUUUUGUGCUGGCCGAUGCCGGUGAAGGCGAACAGCCCCUUGUUCCAAAUGACUUGAUGCAACUAUCAAUGUCUCAGAGUAAUCUCGGGAAAAAUCAUGAUCAAAUCGUGUUACUUGUAAACACAAUUUCCGGAAUCCUAGACCUCCCCGAAUCUCAAGGAGAAGGACUCCGCAUACUGGAGUACCUUAUUGGCAAAAUUAAGAUCAAUUUUAUCCUUUGGAAUAGCGAUCCUGGUCCUUUAUCGCAGACGAUGGCCAUAAUAACUUCCGGUGCUUCCGACGAAGAAUUGAAGCACCAUUAUUUUCAGAUGAUUACGAGUGCCAUCGAGAAACGUUUCUUGACCGUGUUACAACGACCAGAUUUCGAUAGCGUUUAUCAGCAAGCCGAUGUCAUGGCGGAAGUUCAAAAUGCCCUGGAGGUGAUGUUUGAUGGUCUCGCGUUAGCAUCGGAUAUUUCCAACACCGAGCUCAUAUACUCAUUUUGUUCAAAGUACUUCGAUUUCAUGGUGAAACUAUUGCAUUAUUACCAAAAUUGUCCCGAGGUUGGAUUUCUCGUGUUACAAUUCUUCAAUUCGUUUGUGACAUAUCAAGAUUUUGGAUCAUUGUCCGCGGAGCACUCGAAGUACAUAUAUCAGACCAUGGUGAACUUAUUUAAAACCUAUGCCUUGGCAAAUUUGGGAAAGAAACGAAUUGAAUCUACAGAGGAGGCCGAGGAGGAACCAUACGCUGAUAUUUCGAUAAUGCUGGAUAUGCUUUCUGGAAUUAUGGCGUCGGAAUUUCGCGAAUACCUAUACGACGACGCACAAAAGAAUCAAGCAACAACCGAAUUUGACGUCCCAAGUGUCGUUCUCUACGGUGUCGAUUUCAUAAUACCCACAAUUAACACAAGCAUGUUGAAGGCCAUCACACCUUUAGCAUUGUUUGCGCAUAACGAAGAGCGUAAGAAGGGAAGGGCUGUUGUGCAGUAUUUAUAUGCACCACUCGAUAGAUUGUUGCACAUCGUACUUGAAUGCUUUUUAUUCAAGGAUUUCGAAGCCGAUCUAUUGGAGCCAGCAUCGGAAACAUUGGUGGCGUUAAUAUGCGCUCGAAGGGAAUCGUACAACACAUUGGUGCAAACUCUAAUAUCGCAACAAACCACACCCGGAAUUCAGAGUCGACUCCACGAUGCCUUUUCUGUAUUAUCGGCGGCGAUCCCACAAACACUUCCCGAGGUGAUAAUUCAGCGAAGGGACGUUUCUGGAUUUCGAGAAGUUCUGUUUAGGUUCUUGAUGAAUGUCCGAGGGUUUUUACGGGUAAAAUAA